AUGUUCAAAGGUAUAAGAAAAAGAGCCUCUAAUCUAUCCAUCUAUGCUGUCACCUCAAAUCUGAGUGCAACAAACGCACCCUCGGAUCAGCAACCUGCUUCCAAUUCUCCUUCUAGCUACGAAAGUAUCCUAAGUCAAGUCCACGAUUUUGAAAUUGCUUUAAAAGCAAUGGACUAUCUAUUGGACGACAGGACGCAACAAGGCACUGAACUCUUACACGAACAAGCACAGCUGGGCUCAUCAGAUGGUAAACCACAUGCCAUAUUCCCACUCGCAUUGGGUGUGAUGGAGUUUAUCGAGGCAACGUUGGGAUUUGAACCGGAAAUAAUGGCAAGAGCGCACAAGACAUUGAACGAUGCAGAGAGUGCUUCCACCACCAAUGCCAAGUACAAUGUACGACACCAAUUGGCAACAUCAAAUAUAUACCCACCAGGAACCGAGUUCCAAGUGACAUUGGCCGAAUCCACGUUGCUAAAUGCAUUAUUGAUGUUAUUAACAGAAAACAAUGGGAUGGUGGAAAGUGUAAAGGCAUUAUAUAAAUUGAGAAAAGCAUACCAGACAUUGGACGCAGUGUACAAGAAGAUCAAGGAACUGGAACCUGUUUUUAAUCGAAAUUUGGCCAAGUUGAGAAAAGCUGCUAAUAAAGGCUUAUUGGAAGUACCUAGAUUAAAUGGGUUGGUAAACGGCGGAACACGAUUAAAACAUUCUAUAAGCACAGUUGACUUACCAGGGUACGAGUCACUGGGAAGCUCCAGCAGUUCCAGCAGUGCCACAUUACCCGAGGAUCUCAAAUUAAUGAAAAAUUUGGAAAAGAUUUAUUUGAUGCGGAAAGCAAGGAUAGAGGGCACAAAUUUGGGAAAUAAUACUGGCGUGCAACACCAACCUCUAAACCUAUUUUCCGACCUGGCAAGCUCUAUUGCCAUGAAACAAAAUGGGAAUGGUGUCGAAACAUCGUUGCCUAUAAUACCACAAUAUGGAAAGUUUAACAAUGGAAACGAAGAACAAGUUGAGGAACAAGAAGAAGAGGGAGAGGGAGAGGAGGAGGAGGAGGAAAAUUCAGAUAAUGAGCACUUUGUUGAUGCAGUAGAAGAGCUUACAAUUGGUGAUAUCAAUUCAAGCUCACUUGCAGACUCUAGCGCACAAUCGAUUUUGUCAUCUGUGGAAACUUCGCCAAGCGAAGUGCAAAGCACAGAUAUGCACUUGCAUGUCUCCACCACUGAUGAGUUUAUCCAUUCCGGAGUUCAACUUUGUUUUGGUAUCUUGCAAGUGGUCCUAUCACUCAUUCCGCCAGCAAUUGGAAAAGUAUUAUCGAUUGUUGGAUUCAAGGGCGAGCGAGAGACUGGGCUCAAAUUACUUUGGAAGACGGCAAUUACAUCAAGAAACGUACAUGGUGAAUUGGCUUUACUUUUUUUGUUAAUGUUCUACGACGGUCCCGUGCAAUUUGUUGACACUGGGUUCCGAUUACCCAGUGCAAACAAGCUCAAGAAUAUCAUCAAUCUUGAAAACAAGACCUCUGUGACAGAUGAUGAAGUUGAGCUAAUUAAAGAUAGCCCCGAAUCAUAUACUAGCCAGUUGCUCAAACGCGCACGCCAUCAUUUCCCACACAAUGCAUUAUGGAUUCUUCAAGAGGGAAGAAUGCUUGCUGCAGAAGGGCGUUUGGCACAGGCAAGCACAUUGAUGCAGAAUUUUACGGAUAAUCCAAAUAACAAGAUACAAAUGCAACAGAUUGAGGCAUUGCUCAUCUUUGAUAGGGCGACAAUCUAUAUAUACAUGCACGAGUACGACAAGGCGGCAAGAGAUUUGAUAUACUUGAUUGAAAUCAAUUCGUGGUCUAAAGCUGUGUACUUGUUCAUGGCAGCAGCCUGUUAUCUCGAAAGAUACAGAAUGGUGCGUAUGGGUUUGCAAUCGCCGCAAAUCAAUGCAGAUACAAAGCUGAGUUUAAACGGAGAUGUGGUUAAAGAUGUGGAACUCGAGGCUAAAAAGUAUUCUGACUUGUUUACGAAAUACCUCAACCUUUCACUAAGUUAUGUUCCAGGUCACGGAGCAAAUGCUCAGAAAAAGGGAGGAUUAGGCGGCAGUGGUAAACAAAUGCCAUUUGAUAAGUUUUUGUUGAGAAAAUGGAAACAUAUCGAGCAAAGGAAAAAGAGACAUCCAGAAUUAAGUUUAGCCGAUGUCGUAGGAACAUCAUUGAUUCACGAAUUAAUCUAUUUCUGGAACGGGUAUAACAGAAUGAGUCCUCAAGAUUUCGAGUUGGCAUUGAAAUUGUUGGGAUACUCGGGUGCACCCAACACAGAAUUAUCAGCAAACACUCUUCAUAACAAUUAUGCCAAGAUUGAGGAAACAGAAGAUGAGGCAAUGAUUAGAUAUUUCCUUCAGUCUGUGGCAUUACGACAAUUGGGUAAAGUUAAACAAGGAUUGGGUAUAUUGGACAGCCACGUGAUUUCCAAAUAUGUCAUCUCCGAGGUUCCACAAUUUAGAUUCCACAAAAUGACUUAUAGUCCUUACCUCUACCCUACGGCAUUUUACGAAAAAACGAUGUUUGUAUGGCUCUUGAGAACAUCCGAAUCUACAAUAAAACAGGAUGUCGGCCGUGCAGUGCAUGAAUGUAAAUCGUAUUUGAAGAAAGCAGAAACUGUUGGUGAAGGAGAUUACGAGUUGAGUAAUAGGACUAGUAUGCGUAUAAAAGCAGCUGGCGAUAGACUAGAUCAACUAGGUUCUCUGUCUAGAUGA